AGGUGUUUGACUUCAUAGUGGUGGGUGCAGGAUCAGCUGGCGCUGUCAUGGCGAGCAGACUGAGUGAAGUGCCCGAGUGGCGCGUACUACUGCUGGAGGCUGGUGGGGACCCUCCUGAGGCCAGCGUGGUGCCAGGUCGCGUGGGAGAGCUGAAGCACUCAGCGAGCGAUUGGGGCUACCGGCGCGCGGACGACGGGGUGUCGGCGCGGGCGCAGAGGCGGGCGGGCGCGGGGGCGGCGGCGGGCGCGGGGGCGGCGGCGGGCGCGGGGGCGGCGGCGGGCGCGGGGGCGGCGGCGGGCGCGGGGCGGGGGCUGGGCGGCACCUCCGCCGUCAACCACAUGAUCUACACCAGGGGUCACCCGGAAGACUACAAUUCUUGGGAGCGCGACGGCCUCUCCGGCUGGUCCUGGGACCAGGUCCGGCCCUACUUCCUCAAGAGCGAACAUCUGCAGGAUGACGUCAUCAUGAACAGCAAGACUCUGUCCGCGCACCACAACUACACCGGCCCCAUGAGAGUCACCAGGGAGAGGACGAGCGAUGCUAAUUCAAAACACAAAGUAGACAUUUUACUGGAUGCCAUGAAUGAUAUUGGUAUAAAACGAAUAGUAGACUACAACGGGCCGGAUCAGUUCGGCAUAUCGCACGCGUACUCGACGCACUCGCGGCCGCGCGCCGAGCGGUCCAGCACCGCGCAGGCGUUCCUCGCCGCCGCCGCCGCCGCCGCCCGCGCCAACCUGCACGUGCUGAGACACACCACCGCCACCAGGAUACUCACCAACAUCUACCACGCCGCAGUGGGCGUGGAGGCCGUCCUCAACAACCGCACCAUCAGAUUCUACGCCUCAGUGGAAGUGAUCUGUUCUGCCGGAGUUUACAACAGUCCUAAGUUGCUGCUUGCGUCGGGAGUGGGGCGGGAGAGCGAGCUGGAGGCGCUGGGUCUAUACCCGGUGGCCGAGCUGCCCGUGGGCCGCCUGCUGGAGCGCCCGGCGGCGCCGCUGCUGCUCGCCGGCGCGCCCUCGCGGCACCACUACUGCACCUACCUCCCAACCUACUCACCCGAUUAUCUACCUUACCCUGAGACGAUUGGCUUCUUCUCGAUUAACGACCAUAGCCGACCAGAGUUUGAAAUAAUAGGUUUAUAUUUCAAUCAAUCGUCUCCCCUAAUCAUCCCUUACUUUAACAACACCCUAUGCUACAACGAUGAAGUGGUUUUCUCGAUACUCGAAAAGAAUUACGAACACGAACUGUUUGUAGUGAACAUCGUCCUGCUGCACCCGAAGUCUACGGGAAGAGUGGAGAUCACGGCAGUGGGUGUGGACGACGCCCCCGUCAUCCACACGGGACUGUUCUCCGACCGCGAGGACUUAGUUACGAUGCGAGAAGGGUUGAAACACAUGGUCAGGCUGACAGAGACGGAAUACUUCAAGGACGUGCAGUCGGAGGCGGUCCGGGUGAAGCUGCCGCGCUGCGAGCACCUCGAGUUCAUGAGCGACGCGUACUGGGAGUGCUACGCGCUGGAGCUGGGCGCGGCGGCGGGGGACGCGGGGGGCUCGUGCGGCGCGGGGGGCGCGGGGGUCGCGGGGGACGCGGGGGGCGUGCUGGACGCGGCGCUGCGGGUGCGCGGGGUACGGCGACUGCGAGUGGUGGACGCGAGCGCGCUGCCGGCGCUGCCCAGCGCGAACCUCAACGCUCCUGUCAUCAUGAUGGCUGAGAAAAUUGCAGACGAAAUCAAAAAGGAGUAUAACAAAAUAUAGUUCUGUAUGUCAGUACCUUGUGUAAGUGAUAAGUAUUAUUAUGUGGUUGAGCAAUGAUACUGAUAAAUAGUAAACCUGUGUAAGUAAUAAUUAAUACCUAGAUAAUGUAAGUACAUACUUGAAUAAAAUAAAUACACAAUAAUGUAACGA